AUGACCUCCCGGACCCCAAUGGGCGUCCAGCCGCGACCGCCCCAGCAGCGAACUCUGAGCAGCUCCGGCCUGUCGGUCCAACGGCCAACCCAUCAACGCACCCUGUCGGCACAAUACCUACCACAGUCGCCCGUUCGUAAGGAGAACCUGAUCGACCUGACCUCCGAAACCAACGAUGCCGCCCUUGCUCAGAACAGAUAUGGCACCUUGCCGCGGAGGGGAGGCUCUCGCCUCAAGCUCGAGCUGUCCAACGACGCCAUGCUUCCUCACCACCCCGUUGCCGACUCACCAAGCACUCUUACCCCACGCCUCAUGCCCAAGAACGAAUCCUCCAUCCUGACCGACAUGAGCUCGCCUGCCUCCGCGAAAGGCCACCCCAUCGAUGCAGACAACCCCCCGAUGCCUAUGCCGAAACGUCGACCGCGAUUCGUCGUACCCGCCCCCAUCAAAGACUCACCUGCACCCGUUGUCGCAAUCAAAAAAGAUGGCCGCCCGAAGCCUUACCACCUCGAGACUCCUGCUGCCGCUCCUCGAUACGCGCCCUUUGGCAAGCCGAGGACCGACGCGACCGCGAAACAAGGCUUUGGCGCCUCGAGCGGAGGCGCGCGCGAGUCUCAGGACAUGGGCCACGCCGACUUCUUUCCCUGGACCGGCAACCACCCCGAGGAUCAAUGGUCCGAGACCAUCAUCAAGAAUGGCUACUUCGACAAACCACCUGCGACCACCACCGAGACCUCGUCUGCCAAGGCGGCUCUGUUCCCUGCCUUGAAGCAUAAGAGUGGGCUGAACUUGCUCUCCAACAUCUUCGUCGGCGUCUUGAACCAGAGGAAACUGAACGGCCAAAUCUCGUCGCCCUCAACCUUCAAGCCACCGCCGCGUGUCACCCUGACCGACACGAAGCGAGAAAUGUGGCUGAGGGACUUGGCGAACCCAUCCAUAUCGUUGCGCCGCCUUAGCCGAACCAUUCCUCACGGCAUCAGGGGUAGGGUACUACUGGAUCACUGCCUCAACAAAAAUGUACCGACCGAGAGAGCUGUUUGGCUGGUCAAGUGUGUCGGCGCCAACGAGAUUAGAGCUUUCAAGAGAAAAGGAAAUGGACCAGGCCCCUUCGUUAUGGGCGGCGAGGCCAAGUGGCUGCGAGAAUGGACGGUGGUUGUUGGACAGUUCGUCGAGGGGGUUUCUACAUCCUUUGGCGACAAUGACUGGAAAGCCAAGGUCCAAUAUGCUAUCCGCUUAGCGACACAUCUAUAUGCCGAACAACUGAUCGACCGCGACCACUAUAUGGAUUGGCUUGUACUCGGUUUGGAAAACUCAACACAGGCAAAGCUACCCAUGUGGAUUUUGAUUACCCAGAUAUACUGGAAAGACCUCCUUCGACUGAGGAAAUACGGCCGAAGACUCGUGAACGCGCUUCUCGGCCACCUCAAUACGAUACACAACGACCCCGAUCGGGACAUCCUCGCCCAGUUAUCCACGAGGUUGACCACACUACUUAUCCCCCUUCUAUCGUCAUAUCCCGACAACUUCAUGGCACCUGCAACUUGGUUCAAGUUCAGGGAUGCCCUACUCUCCUCUAUCCCGAUCGACAACGAGUUCGCACAGAAUGCGUUCAAAUCGAUCAACGCGAGAAACGAGCGGAUGGUGGCAUCGGCAAACAACUCUCAACCGGCCAACCGCCAAAUACUCGUCAAGCAUCUUGACACAACAUUUCAGACAUUAUACAGCCCCGAGUUGGCCACGCAAUGUUGGGCCGUUAGCGAGGACAAAUGCAUGGUUGUGCGCACCUUGCUGGAAUGGUGCACUUCACCUCACCGACCUGGAGCGUCAAGGGUCUACAUAACCCAUGCUUUACUUCGGGCUUGGAUUCCGACCGGGAUAGAUGUUACAAUGGCCAUUCUCGAAUUUCUUAGUAGCAAUCCGCCAACGGAAGCGAACGCGAAGAAGACAUUCCACAGACUGGUAUCAGAAAUUGUGCGCAGUGGAGAUUUCCAGUUUCAGGGAUACAUUUUCUGGCUUAUUGCGAGGGGCGGCCUUCGGAAGCCUUCCGACACCGACGCUGAAGGUCCAUGUGCGACGAGGCUACUCGUAGAUCUUCCGCUCCACGCCCUUAACCCGCCAUCCCAGGCUACAAGAGCCAGCUUACUCCGUCGAGCAUCGUACGACGUUAGUGACGAGGCGGAGGACAUCAAUACGGCUCUGAAGUGCAUUCAACAUGCAUUGGGGCUUCCUCUCCCGCCUGGAGACCCGAUUCUCCAGCGAAAACCCGUGCCCCUGGGCAAGCUGUGCCGGCUGAUUUCCAACAGUAGCCGGGCGCUUCAGACCGAGGUCGGGGCCCGACUACUACAGAUCUUUACGACAGAGAUCGUUAUGACGAAGAACGGCCCGCAGGUGUCUGCCCCGAUGUUCAACUUUGCGCGCGCCAUCCUCGAGGCCGCCUCGGAUUUCUCGGUCCUUGCCGAGAUCGUCAAAGUAGUCGUACGCGUGUCAAACCCUGAGAUUCUCGCAUCUUGCGCGGACACAGUCAACGUCCAUCUGCCGAUCUUCGCUGCUUUGGGGGUGGGCAAGGAGCUGUUUGAUGUGUUGAUGGAGAGAUUGAAGGUUGUGGGGGAAGAACAGGGCGUGGCUGUCCGGCCGCUGCUGGCUUCUUUGGCUAAUCUCGCGGCUCGACUACCCGGUUUGACGAACACAGCAGCUCACUUGCGUAAGGAGUUACACCAGUGUGAUCGCAAUACCGCCAUCGACGCUUGUUCGCCUAUAUCCGACAACAUGGCUGCGCAGCUUCAGGAUGCGGAGGGCGAACUGCACGAAGAAAUCGAGAAACUGUUGACCAGCGGGACGAGUGUAGACCGACCGACGAUGGAUCGUCUUUUUCACACUGUUGUAAGCCGUCUCGAAGCUUCAUGGUCAAACUCGCCAGAACGACAGCGGGCCUACAGUGCGCUUCUCGGAAGGCUGCGCAUCUAUGACACGCAGCAUUUCGACUUGCGCAUGACUGAUUGGGUUCACCACGUCAGCGCGCUCAAGGCACGUCCUGGGUUGGCAGAGAUCUACCCUCUCCUAAUCAGCAUGGGUUGCUUGACCUUGCCUAUCCUCUUGACCACGACGAAUGUCGAAACCAGCGCUGUUGCCCGCAAUGCCUCAGCGCCAACCAACAGCACGACAACGUACAUGCAGGAGGUCCUUCACUUGACUACGAUGCCUUUACCACCGAAGACAGCGUUGACUCCCGAGGAGACGUACCGGUUCUACAUCCAACAACGAAUCGCCCCACGCCAUAACCACAAGGAGAUGGUGGUCCUCGUCAGAAAUGCCUUGGUCGAAUACUCGCGAUUACAGAACCAGUCUGAUUUGGCACUGCCGCUGACAAAUCCGAACUUCAGAGACAUGAUGUUCGAGUUGAUGAGGUUACUCGUCCUGCUCGACGCUCCCUCCGUGGUCCAGGUGUUGGGUUCGAAGACACAGGAACCGGCCUUGAGCGGAUUAUUCGCACAAAUCACUACGAAGCUCCUGAUGCCUGGAGCCGACGACAACGCGCCUCUCACGUUCGAAACGGUUCUGGAGUUGGCCAAUGAGUUCACGCUCCCCUUCUGCCAGCUGAAGCUCUCUGUCGGCCUGACUGCAGACACGACGAGUAGUCCGGGAGGAGGAGAGCAGGCGAUGUCACAGUUCGACAUGUUCUCUAGAGCCAUGGACCGGGCUGUCUCUGCGAAUAACGUCAUGUGGACAAGCAUGCUGCCAUAUCUCAACGAGGAGGUUACGGAGCACCUUAAGAGGCAGGCUCAUCUGCGGUUCCUCGGCCUAUUCCCAUCGCAGAAGAACCCGUCAUCGUCGGACCCACUUUCACAGGACAGCAUUCAGCUGGCAGGAAGCCUACUCUCUGUCGUUGAGGCUAUUGUCCGUGGCCGCCCGACACCGAGAACCUCACAGCUCACUUCCGGCAUGGUGGAGAAGCUGACAGAAUUGUGGGAAAUUCUUGCAGCCGGUGGUGACGACAAGAAGGAGCUUCGCGCUUCGAUUCUAAGACACUGGCUCCCCGCGCUUUUGAGGUUCAUCACGCUUCACACCAACGCUAACGAAGCGGUUGCCGUUCCCUCUCAGGGUGCUAACAACAUGAAACCCCCUACUAGUGCCGUCGCAUUCGAGCUUCGCGGGCGCAUUCUUGUAGUUCUAUCUGCUCUUACUCUCGAGCUUGACAGUCUAGCCCUUGACCCAACCGGACGGCAAUUGGGCGAACAGGUGUUUGACCUGGCAGUUCUGCUGGUCGACUGUUUGCCGGAAGACACACGCCUGCAGUGCGUACGCGUCUUGCUUCAAAACGGCACCGCGCAGAACCCGGCGUCCUCCGACGCUCGUCUUCGAUACCUGUUUAGCUACAUGCCCGCGGCAACGGAACAGUUCAUACUCGCCCACCGCCAGCAGCCUGCUUCACAGCAGGCCAGCCAAACAAGAUUAAAGGUUCCCAUCUCGUUUCAGGGAACCGACAAAUACACGCCCUUCGUCCUCCGCAAGUGGGAGAUGCUUAGCGAGCCAACCCCCAACAUUGGGGAGAACGACACGGCGUUGAGCCUCACAUUGUUUGAGGCCAUAAAGAUUCAGUAA